ACCUCCCAGCUCUGCCAACCCUGAGUUUGGAGAAGCAGAUGAGAACAAAGCUGAUAUUGCUGGCCUCUGCUGUGCUUUUGCCGCAGGGGCCAUGAAUGGGAACUGAGUGGGGAAAGUCAGACAAAUCCUGAGUCUUAGGCAUUGCAGCUACCUAUGGUGGGACCUUGGCAAACCGCUGUCUCUGCCCACUCAGUCCCCCAAGGGGAAGCUCCUGAAAAGAGGGGCAGGGGGAAGGCAUGAGGGACUAUGUGUAUGGGAAGUGGGACGGUGAUAGGUCUGGGAUCCUCCAGAUUGACCAGGCUGCCCAGUGCAGUUCCAGGUGUGUCUCAGGCCAGGGCAUAAGCUCCAGGUGGGGGCCUUGGGGUAUAGGGAGGCUUUGUGACUCAGCAGAAAGAACUCUUCAACCUGGUUAGGGCCUAGCUCUCAGUCUUGAAUCCUGAGGGUCCAGCCAAGCUGUGGCUUCCAUACAUAAGGCUGACCUAAAUCUUCACAGGACAAAGGGCAUUCCUGGAGAGUUGCCAUCAGGCCCCAGGGGACUCCUCCUCUUAAGGACUCUUGGAGCUCAGUUGAUCCUGGGGCUAGGGGCUCACUUCCUGCACACCUAGCUACCCCAUCAUGGCAACUGGAGGCUACCCCUGAGCACCAAUAUGUAAGUCCCAGAGCCAUGGAGUCGGUGACCUCUGAAUGGACGGCCCCUCACCCAGGCACUGGGCCAAACAGGCAGGGAUCCCUGGAGACCUGGUGACCAGGGAGGGCUCAGUCCUGGCCCAGCCCCUGAGGGCUGGAUUCUGAUGGUAAACUUCUGCUCAUCAGUCUACUUGCUCCUGCCUCCAGAGUCCAAAGGUCCAAGUGGUGGGUGGACUGUGCUGCACUGAACGCUACAGAGGAAGCCCUCACAGAGACUGGUCAGUGGGUGGGUGGGCGGCAUGAGAUUUGAAGAGCUGCUAGAUCAGGUGGGAGGCUUUGGGCCUUUCCAACUGUGGAAUGUGGCACUGCUGGCCCUGCCCAGAGUGCUGCUGCCCAUGAACUUUCUCCUGCCCAUCUUCCUGGCUGCCGUACCUGCCCACUGCUGUGCCCUCCCUGGUGCCCCUGCCAACUUCAGCCACCAGGACGCUUGGCUGGAGGCCCACCUGCCCCGGGAGCCCGAUGGCACCCUCAGCUCCUGCCUCUACUUCAAUCACUCCCAGGCCCUCCCCAACACCACAUUAUGGGGAGCGGGGCAGAGCCCUGGGCAGCUGGAGGGUGAGCCUUCCACAAUGCCCUGUCCUCAGGGCUGGGAGUACGACCGCUCGGAGUUCUCUUCCACCAUUGCAACCGAGUGGGACCUCGUGUGUGAGCAGAAAGGCCUGAACAAAGCCACGUCCACCUUCUUCUUUGCUGGUGUGCUUGUGGGGGCUGUGGCCUUUGGAUACCUGUCUGACAGGUUUGGGCGGCGCCGUCUACUGCUGGUGGCCUAUGUGAGUUCCCUGGUGCUAGGCCUGGUGUCUGCAGCCUCAGUCAGUUACAUCAUGUUUGUCAUCACCCGCACCCUCACUGGCACAGCUCUGGCUGGCUUCACCAUCAUCGUGAUGCCACUGGAACUGGAAUGGCUGGAUGUGGAACACCGCACCGUGGCAGGUGUCCUGAGCAGCACCUUCUGGACAGGGGGUGUGACGCUGUUGGCACUGGUCGGGUACCUGAUACGGGACUGGCGAUGGCUUCUGCUGGCUGUCACUCUGCCUUGUGCCCCAGGGAUCCUCAGCCUCUGGUGGGUGCCUGAGUCUGCACGCUGGCUUCUGACCCAGGGCUGUGUGGAGGAGGCCCACAGGUACCUACUCCGCUGUGCCAGGAUCAAUGGGUGGCCUGUGGGUGAGGACAGCCUGAGCCGGGAGGCCCUGAGCAAAGUGGCCGCCAGAGAGCAAGUGGUCCGCAGACCCUCGUACCUAGACCUAUUCCGGACCCCAAGGCUCCGACAUAUCUCGCUAUGCUGCAUGGUGAUGUGGUUUGGAGUAAACUUCUCCUAUUAUGGCCUGAGCCUGGACGUGUCGGGGCUGGGGCUGAACGUGUACCAAACGCAGCUGCUGUUCGGGGCCGUGGAGGUGCCCUCCAAGCUGCUGGUCUACCUGUCGGUGCGCCACUCAGGACGCCGUCUCACGCAAGCAGGAACGCUGCUGGGUGCCGCCCUUGCUUUUGGUGCCAGACUGCUGGUGACCUCGGAGAUGGGGUCUUGGAGCACCGCCUUAGCAGUGAUGGGAAAAGGUUUUUCUGAAGCUGCCUUCACCACAGCCUAUCUGUUCACAUCGGAGUUGUACCCUACCGUGCUCAGACAGACAGGAAUGGGGCUGACUGCACUGGUGGGCCGGCUGGGGGGCUCUUUGGCUCCACUGGCAGCCUUGCUGGAUGGAGUAUGGCUGUCACUACCCAUGCUCACUUAUGGGGGGAUCGCCUUGUUGGCUGCCUGCACUGCCCUCCUGCUACCAGAGACGAAGCAAGCACAGCUGCCAGAGACCAUCCAGGAUGUGGAGAGGAGAUGUCCAAGAUUGUCCAGGAAGAGGUGGAUGUGUGCACCCCUUCACGUAUGCCUGCACAUCAGAGAUGCAUACAAGCAUGUGUUGCCCUGUCUAGGCUUCAGGAGGAAGAGAUGCCCAUGAAGCAGAUCCAGAACUGAGUGGUAUCAGGGGCAAGCUCUCUACAGAAGUUCUGCAGCAGGGGCUGGAAGAUUAGAAGGGCAAGCCCUGUGGCUGGGGCUACAGGCAUCAAGUCCCCUGCCCAGGACUGGAGUUGCCACCAGUUCCCCCUUCUCUGUGCUCAUCCAGCCUUGACUGUUUGGCCUCCAGCAACUGGGCAACUUCCUAGAAUGCAGUGGGCUGCUGGACAAUUCUGGUACCCCUCUUAUUCUGUAAAUAAAGGUGUCCCGUGGGUUUGGGGCAGCAGUGAGAAGCUGUGGGAUGAGCCCUGGAUGGGAAGCCAGAGUCUGGCCCUGGGUUCUAAUCCCAACUUUGCCACUGAUUUGCUGUGUGACCUUGGGCAUGUGGGUUUCCCUCUCUGGGCUUCAGUCUGUUCAUCUCUCAAACGGAUAAUGAAGCCUCUUAGCAGACCUCA